UCUAUGCAAUUUGUAAAUGUUAUGUAAAAUGAUUUUAAAUUUAAGUUUCUAUGUUUGCCUUUUUCGAUACAAAAAAAAAAAAAUAAAAUAAAUAAAUCUGUAAUUAUGAUUUCAUUUACACCCGUUCUUUUUAUUUAUAUUUUCGCCACAAUCUGUAGUGUUUGUUAAACUGUUUUUUCGUUGAAUCCCAUUUCGUUACUCCCACCUCUCUCUGUACCUCUACAUUUCGUCCUGAUUUAAGUCCAAAGGCUUUUUGUAUGCAAAAUACCAUUCAACCAUUAAACGAUUGCGAUCCAAGAACUGUUAGUUAAUUUAUAAAAUAGAACGGCAAACUGCUAACUGCUACUGUGUGUAUCUUAAUAAAAAAAAUUCUGUAAGUGCCAUAAAUCUAAGCUAACAAGGAUUUUCCAAUCCCCAGAUAACAAACGCCAGACCGUAGCGCAUUGAAUGAACGUGGCCACAAAAUUCUCGUAGAAACUUACUUGUCAGAAAGCCAGUGCUAAGUUGCCAAGUAUGCAUGGCUAAGUUGCCAGCUAAUCCAAUUACGUUAACACUGACGAAAGGUCGUAGAAACAGCGCUAAUUGUCUAGUUUGGCGCCAUAGGUACCUCUGCGUAUACGUAACAUUCAGCGGUGUCAAUGUCAGUGGGCCAGUCAAUCGAUAUAUUGAACCGCGAAUCGAUUGUGCGCCGGUAACUUUACCUUACUCUCGACAGGCUCUCCGAUCGGUGGAGACAUUCCCGUUGACUGGCGAAAGCCUAUUAGCCCAUUAGCAGACGAAAGGCAUCCACAGUUAAUAGCAUUUUCCAGGGGUUUCUUAUAUAAUUGGCGGCUGUGCAAUCUGCCUUUGCCACUGCCACGGUGAGCAAUGCUACCGUCGCGCACUUAUGUCAUAGGGCCAGGGGCCAGCCAGCCACCGACUGAAAGCCGAGCGGUGGCGUAUACUUAAUUUAAUUUGCUUCUGGCAUUCUUGCAGUACGGCGAUAGGCGCGCUUUCCGAGCAGAUUUAGUUUCGAAUUUGUAUUUACCAAGAACGCGCCAUAUAAAAGUCACACAAGAGCGCGUCUCUUAGAAUUUCGGUGCUUUAAGGUUUAGAGGAAUAGGAAUUAUUCCAGAAAGUGAAGUUUACGAUUUGUGUUUAUGGUUCAUUCAGUGCGCUACGGAAUAAACUAAUCAAAUAAAAUUAACCAAACACUAAAGUAACUUUAAGCCUAUUUUAUCUUAAUGCAAACACAAAUAACUAAAGCCGUCAAAACCAAGCCAUAAUAUAUAUUCUACACAACUACAAACCCACCAAGCUAAUUAAUCAAAAAUGUCAAAGAAACUCCCAACUAUAUCCGUAACUGCCGACAAGCGUUCUACGCAUUCCGAUUUAUCCUCCUCAUCGUCAUCCCACGACACUGAUAGCAAUGACAUGGACUACGGGCGAGAUGGCGCCGGGGGCGUAACCGAUGUUGAAGAUUUCGACAGCCAGGCCGAGGCUCUGAAGCCCAGCUCGCGGCGAGGCUCUGCAUCCAAGUCGUCCCUGAAGCCCAAAGUUCAACCGAAAACUAGCCCCGGCGAACCCGACGUUACCGAUGUGGAGGACUACGACACAGAAUCGGAUGAGGAUGAGAAGAGCACGGCAUACCCAGAAUUGAAAAUGUCGCUCCGCGAGUUCCUUCAACAGGGACUCCAGAACCAAGAAGCCGUUGACAAUGAUGCGAAAGAGAGCUGCGAAAUUAGAGCUGGUGACUUCUUGCAAGCACAAAACCUGAAUGGCAUGGCCGACUAUCUAACUGAUUGCGAGGACUAUGAUACAGACUCUGAAGUGGGCUUCGGCUGCGAGAAAUCCGUGUGCGUGGAUCUGGAUCAGGCGGUGGGCGAUCAGGGACGAGUCAAUAUUGCCGAUGGCGAGAGGAACCAAGACGACUCCGACCAGUAUGAGGAUGUGUCCGUGAUUAGUGACAUCAGCGACCUGGCCUCGGCCAUGUCCGAUUGCACUGGCAUCGGAGUACGUGGUGCGUCCGAAGAUGAGGUCCUAGAGGUAUCCGAUAGUGGUCGCGAAGAGGUCUGCCAGGUUGCCUGCUCGGGGAGUGAGUCAGAGUCGGAGGGCGCGGCCGCCUGGAGUCGUAGUGCAAGUGAGGCCAGUUUUCCAGCCAUUGAUGUGGCCUUUGUGAGUGCCAGCGGGCAACCUCGGCGGAAUUCCAAGUCCAGUAUGCCCAUGCCGGGACAGAAGCAUUUUUUACAGGCGGCGGUAAAGCACGAGGAGGUCUUAACUGAUGUCGAAGGCAUCGAUGACUCUGCAGCAGAAGAUAGCUUUGACAACGAGGACGAGGACGAGCAGCCCAUACCGCGUGCCAUUAUUCUGGCCUCUGGCGAUGACGGCACCUGUCUAACGGACGUGGAGGACAUGUUUUGUGAGGACUCAUCGCUCUCCAGCACAGUUCCUGAAGCCCGAUCAGUAUCCCACGAAGUACUGCCGCUGCCACACCGCGAGGUGGUGGAACUGAAGGAGGACAAGCACGGUGACACCAUUACCAAUGUGAUGCCUAUGGACUGCAACUAUGAGUUUGGCAUUUACAACCAUCUUAGGGACACCAUUCAUACCGACUCGGAGGACUACUCUUGUGCCGAUGACUGGAGCCUUCAGCACUCGGUCGCCGAAUAUUCAGCGGCAGGGGGACCCCAUCUAAUCGAAAACGAGGUGAUCGUAUCCAACGAACUCUUGAAACAGCAGCAAAACAAGCGUCUGGAGGUGCAGAGCAACGCGGAGUCCGUCACAGAUGUGGAGGAGAUUUUUGUAGCCGGUACAAAUCGCCGUAAAAAGUUGAAGACCCGCACCCUCAGCAAAGGCAAGAACAAGCUACUAGACGUCGUGAAAGGCAAAGAAGAUGGAGUGACCGAUGUGGAGGACAUGGACCUGAGUGAGUGCGGUCUUCCCCCAGGAGUGAAACGAGUGGAGCAGCUAAAGCUACAGGCGAAGGGAUCGAAUGCAGACAAGGUAACUGACGCCGAGGACGUAUCCACCGACGAUGUGUCCGACAUCUCUGACGCCUCCGAUGUCCCACCGCCAUCGACGAGUGACAAGUCGGGAAGCAAGACAAAGCUGCAGCCGCUUCAGUUGCGUCUGCUUAAGGACGAUAUCGUCAAUCAACAGCUCACCGACGUGGAGGACGUUCAGCUGCCAUCGGAGGCGGAGGAUGCUCUGGAGCCACCGGCCAUUCCAGUGGCCAAUAGCAAUAGUAAGGAGCUCAAUGACAUGUUGAACGAGAGCUACACGGUGGUGCACGAGAGGACUGGUCGCAGCUUCAACAGCGAGGCCGAGAAGCUGCAUAUAAAAGGCAUGAUCCGAGAUGCCUAUACCGACGUUGAGUAUGUUGAGUCCGACGAGUCAGCCGCUAGGGGAGGCAACUAGCCGCCCUCUUUGCGUGUCCUCACCCGAUCCGAUCCGACUCGGUCGCAAGCUGUUGCCAAAAUAAAUCUCAACAAUAGUUCAUAAGUGUUUAUAGAUACGAAAAUCCCAACACACACACUCAAGCAUUUUAAAACCUUCAGGAAAAAAAAAUAGACCUAUCCAGUCUGGAUACCGUACAGAUCUCACAAGAAAUUG